GAUGUUAGUCUACAGAAUCCAAUGUUGAUAAGGGAAGACUAUCAUAACUAAUAGCUAGCUGUAUCUUCUUGUUUUUCUGCACAUUACAAACGCUGGCAAAGACUGAGAGAUUAUCAUCUUCAUCCUCCAGUUCUUUGGCAGGACUGGACUUAAGCCAUGCCAGACAAGAGUGUCUAUCCUUAAAGAACCUUGGUUUAUCUUACUUUGAGAUAUUAUGAGUUGUCUGGGAAAACAGUUCUUUUCUCAUGAAAUGUAAUGGUCAUUCUUUGGGCUGAUUAUUGUAAAUAACACAAGUACUUUAAGAUCCUUAUGUGGAAGAGCGACGAAGCAGUGAAUUCAGUGACUUAAUGAAAUGAAGUAGGGAUUGUAUACAGUACUUUAAAAACCCAUUUAUAGAAGACUUCGUGCUCUUUCUCACUGACGCAUGUCAGUAUCUUUCAGUCCCAAAUGGUCAGUUCUGUAGUUUCUGCCCCUUUCCUGUUGUGCUUUCCUCUUUCCUCCUCUGAUGUGUUCUGUCUUCCUGCAUUCUUUGGGUAACGUAGUAGCUUGUGUUUGCUCUUUCUGCUGUCAUGAUGCUCACUAAAGGAUCCCUCUUCUGUGUAUACAAGGGGGCUGGGAUUCAGGCGUGAAGAAGCAAAGUCGUGGUUAAAGGCGUGCUUACUUGUUACUUGCUUCUACUGACCAGCCCUUGAACCUUUGGAUUCAUUUGUCCCUUGAAUUAUUUCUCUUCCCUUCUAUAUUUGGAAUGGAGAGCAUCAUGAUUAAUUCAUUUUGUGGGUGGGGAUGGGAUGGAUUGCCAUUAAAAGAGAACAUUUAUGUUUGAUUCUGUAAAGAGAUACAGAAAACUUUAAAAACUUUGUAAUAGGGGCAUUUAUUCUUUUUUCUUUUUAACAGUCAAAUUUCUAGAAGUUAUCAAACCUUUCUGUGCUGUUCUACCAGAAAUUCAGAAACCCGAAAGGAAAAUCCAGUUUAGAGAGAAGGUACUGUGGACUGCUAUAACUCUCUUCAUUUUCCUAGUAUGUUGUCAGAUACCACUAUUUGGAAUCAUGUCAUCAGAUUCUGCAGAUCCUUUCUACUGGAUGAGAGUCAUCCUUGCAUCCAACAGAGGAACCUUAAUGGAAUUGGGGAUCUCCCCAAUUGUAACAUCCGGUUUGAUUAUGCAGUUGUUAGCCGGAGCCAAAAUCAUUGAAGUUGGAGAUACACCCAAAGACAGAGCCCUAUUCAAUGGAGCCCAGAAACUGUUUGGUAUGAUCAUUACCAUUGGGCAAGCCAUUGUGUACGUCAUGACGGGCAUGUACGGGGACCCUGCCGAAAUGGGCGCCGGGAUCUGUCUGCUCAUCAUCAUUCAGUUGUUUGUUGCUGGUUUGAUUGUGCUGCUGUUAGAUGAGCUGCUACAGAAGGGUUACGGCUUGGGGUCUGGGAUUUCCCUCUUUAUUGCCACCAACAUCUGUGAAACCAUUGUCUGGAAGGCCUUUAGUCCCACUACCAUUAACACAGGCAGAGGUACCGAGUUUGAGGGUGCGGUCAUAGCGCUCUUCCACUUACUGGCCACCAGGACAGACAAAGUUCGCGCUUUAAGGGAGGCUUUCUACCGUCAGAAUUUACCCAAUCUCAUGAACCUCAUCGCUACAGUUUUUGUGUUUGCUGUUGUUAUAUAUUUUCAGGGAUUCCGUGUCGACUUGCCCAUCAAGUCGGCCCGCUACCGAGGGCAGUACAGCAGCUACCCCAUCAAGCUCUUCUACACGUCCAACAUCCCCAUCAUCCUGCAGUCCGCCCUGGUGUCCAACCUCUACGUCAUCUCCCAGAUGCUGUCAGUUCGGUUUAGUGGCAACUUUUUAGUAAAUUUACUAGGACAGUGGGCCGAUGUCAGUGGGGGAGGACCUGCCCGUUCCUACCCAGUGGGGGGCCUUUGUUACUACCUUUCCCCCCCUGAGUCCAUGGGCGCCAUAUUCGAGGACCCCGUCCAUGUGGUGGUUUACAUCAUCUUCAUGUUGGGGUCGUGUGCGUUCUUUUCUAAGACGUGGAUAGAGGUGUCUGGUUCCUCAGCCAAAGAUGUCGCUAAACAGCUUAAAGAGCAGCAAAUGGUAAUGAGGGGCCACAGGGACACCUCUAUGGUUCAUGAGCUUAAUAGUUUGUUUUCAAGUGUUAACUGUCCCAUUUCUGAAAUGGGCACGGAGCUAAGCCUGUGUGCAGCGUUAGUACCAGCUGCCUUAAAACCGAAGUUUACAUCAUUCAUUACAAAACGUACACGCAGUGUUGCCUGUGAUGCUGGAAACCAGUGUACCCGCCUCGCCAUGUUCAGCUGUGACGGUGAGAUGGUGACGUGCAUCAGUUUUGCACACAACAUUCAAAACACUCAGUAUUCCCCUGACUUGUUUAAAAAUAAAGAGUUCAAAUUGCCACUUUCCAGUAUUUUUGUGCUUAUUUAAUGAGUUCUGGAACAUUUAUAUCUAAUCUAUAUUUUAGAUAUAAUUGCUUUUUAUACUUUUUUAACGCAUAGUGUCCAUGUUCCCACCCUCCCUCCCUCCUAUUUGUCUUUCCUCAAAGCAGCCGUGUAGCCCACGUGGGCAGAAUCGAGCUUUCCGUCACAUCUGUCAUGAGAGACAACCGCUUCUGAUUUCCCGAUCUCCAGUCCCCCUCCUCCCCAGGGACAGCACCGUCCAUGCUGUUUUGCUGUAUUGGCUAUGCCUUGAAUUCCAACACGUCACUUGAGAAUACUCUUAGAAGAGCCUAUGCUCCAGUUGUUUUUUUUUUAAUCCCUAAAGCAAAGAUCUAAUUCUCAAGCAAUGUCUGUAGUUCAGUGGGGGUGAACGACGAGUAAUUCGUGCUAGAAUCUGUGUCUGUUGUACUUGACAGCAGCAACAUGAG